GUCACCUUCAGUAACCAUGGAAACUAGUACACAAGCCAUGCCUAUGCAACGACCAACAGAUCAAACACAAACCGCAGCUUAACAUUAUCACACAAAUAGUCAAUAUUAUAAGUCUAAAUGGCGCAUAUGAGGACUUAUCGCACGCAUGUGAAAAUCGGAAACUGGAAUGAGGACCUGCGCUUGGAAGAGGAUGCAAAGAAAGAGUAUCUGGAGAAAAAAGAGAGAGGCGAACUUGCUGCCCAGAAAGUGGACUUCCUUAAACAGAACAUUUUGAGACCGGUCAAUCUCACUGUGACAAGUGAUGGAAGAUUGCACUUUGGGGAUGUUGUGAUGUUGGUGAAUGUGGGAGGAGAAAACAGGGAGUGCAGUGCAGUAAGCAUAAACGCAGACGUUAACAGUUUGAUGAAGAUUCCUUCGCCUGGCAUUCAAGCCCCGUGUGGAGUCACUGCGGGAAGAGCUAUUCAGGCCUGCACACGCACUGCCUUCAUCAUUACCAGUGUGGAUGGCAGUCCUGAAGGAUCAACUCUGCAUUUUGAGCAAAGUUUUGCCCUGAAAACAACAAGUGGCUUUGCCAGGGGACUUUACCUGGCGAGUGACGUGCAAAGUUUCCAAAAGUGUGCAAAGAAGUCCCGCCUACAAGAAGUAAACUUGGAGGAUGGCAGUUCCUUUCUGUCAUGGUGGAAGAUAGUGCACUUUGACCCCCAGGAGAGGCUUGAAUAUGAGGGUCAGCCUGUCCCCGCCAAUGUGAAGAUGCUGGUCGUACACUGCAAGACAAACCAGGCUCUCGCUGUUCUGGGUGAUCAAGUCUAUUGGACUACAUAUGGCAAAGAGUAUGAGGUGACCGCUCACACCUUCUUGGACUCCCAUAAAGCCGAACAGGACAACAACCACUGGAUACUGUGCACAUCUGACCCUGCAGGAAAGGGGCUUGUACUUCUCAACCACCCACAGUCAUCGGGCUAACCACACAAGCUUACACAUGCAAAUUCUGGCAUCUAAAGCUAACACAAUCUGCUCUCAUAACUCUGUAUAUGCAUAUGCAAAUAGGGUAGCUAGAUACCACUUCGUUAACAACACCUUCUUUUUAAAUAAAGGUUGUUUUUCUCUUUG